AUGACACUACACACGCCACAACUUGGGCUUGGCCCACACAAAUUGGACGACCCGUUGAGGCCCAACGAGCACAUGAGAGUGGUGCAGUGGAACCGUAGGAGCUCGUUGCCAUCGGCCAGGCAGCGCGGGUGCUUCUUCGGCUGCCGCGUGGCCUUAGCCUUGAUGACGUCACGAUACUCUUCGAAUUUGGAUAUUGUGGUGGGGUAUGCGAUCGAUUUUGCAAAUGGGGGCCUGCUUCUUGAGCCAGCUGGACUGGAAUAUGAUCUCAACAAUAAGCAUUUAUGGGCCAAUGUUGGGAAGAGUGAAUAG